GUUCGCACCGACAGACGGACGGAGGGCCAGACAGCCAUCGAGGCGCGUCCGCCACCUCCGGCCCGUCCCCGGUCCCGGCCCUCUCCUCCAGCCGCAGCGUCCGCCGCGUCCCCAGAUCCAGCGCGAUGCGCGGCCCUGGCGGUGGGGCCCGGGCGACCACUGCCUCCUGGCCCGCGAGCCCGGGCCCCUAGCGCCCAGUGCGGCCGCCCUGCAUCGGGGAGGGCCGCGGAGGCCCCCGGCCUCGGCUGGCCCAAGAGCCCUGUCAGAGGGGCCUGCCCAGCGCCCCAGGCGCGCGGCCCGCCAUGCUCCUGCUGUCGCCGCGCAGCGCGCUCCUCUCCGUCUACUGCCCGCAGAUCUUUCUCCUCCUGUCCAGCGGCAGCUACCUGGCACUGUCGUCCGUAGUGGCCCUGGGAGCCAACAUCAUAUGCAACAAGAUUCCUGGCCUGGCCCCACGGCAGCGUGCCAUCUGCCAGAGCCGGCCUGAUGCCAUCAUCGUGAUCGGGGAGGGGGCGCAGAUGGGCAUCAACGAGUGCCAGUACCAGUUCCGCUUCGGCCGCUGGAACUGCUCCGCCCUGGGGGAGAAGACCGUCUUCGGGCAAGAGCUCCGAGUAGGGAGCCGCGAGGCCGCCUUCACCUAUGCCAUCACCGCGGCUGGGGUGGCCCAUGCCGUCACGGCCGCCUGCAGCCAAGGCAACCUGAGCAACUGCGGCUGCGACCGGGAGAAGCAGGGCUACUACAACCAGGCGGAGGGCUGGAAGUGGGGCGGCUGCUCGGCUGACGUGCGCUACGGCAUCGACUUCUCCCGCCGCUUCGUGGACGCCCGCGAGAUCAAGAAGAACGCGCGGCGGCUCAUGAACCUGCACAACAACGAGGCCGGCCGCAAGGUGCUGGAGGACCGCAUGAAGCUGGAGUGCAAGUGCCACGGCGUGUCGGGCUCCUGCACCACCAAGACGUGCUGGACGACGCUGCCCAAGUUCCGCGAGGUGGGCCACCUGCUGAAGGAGAAGUACAACGCGGCCGUGCAGGUGGAGGUGGUGCGGGCCAGCCGGCUGCGGCAGCCCACCUUCCUGCGCGUCAAGCAGCUGCACAGCUACCAGAAGCCCAUGGAGACGGACCUGGUGUACAUCGAGAAGUCGCCCAACUACUGCGAGGAGGACGCGGCCACGGGCAGCGUGGGCACGCAGGGCCGGCUGUGCAACCGCACCUCGCCGGGCGCCGACGGCUGCGACACCAUGUGCUGCGGCCGCGGCUACAACACACACCAGUACACGAAGGUCUGGCAGUGCAACUGCAAGUUCCACUGGUGCUGCUACGUGCGGUGCAGCACCUGCAGCGAGCGCACCGAGGUCUUCACCUGCAAGUGAGGGCAGCGCGGGCCCGGGCCUGCCGCAGAGGGACGGCUGGCCGCAGAGGGACGGCUGACCCUCGUGUCCCUCCCGCCUGCCCGCCAGCCCGUCAUGCCCGAGACGGACUCCGGGCCCGGGGCAGUGCGGACGCAGGCUGAUGCGGUUAUUUAUGUUUCCUUAGCUCCGGAAGAGGAUUCUCGGCACUAACAAACGCGUAGCCAGUCCUAACUCUGCACUCCGUGCCCCCCGGACCCCCGAUGCCCCCCUGCGGGUCCCAGGUGCCAGGAGUUACCAGGAGAGGGCCUCAGAGGACAGCCUGGCUUCCCUUCCUUUUGGAAAUAGUAUCGUGAAGAUCAAAAUGUCACUUGUGCCGGUUCCAGGAGCACCUGGUCCCAUCUAUAGUCCUCCACGUUCCCAGCCAGCCACUGGCCUGGCGCCUGCAGUUUACAAAGUCCCUCCCACCCAGGAGCCAGCUGACCCCUGGGAUGCCAGGGCCGAGCUGGGGUGUGGCCAGAAGUGCUGGACCCACUUGACUGAUGGGCACACUGAGGCCAGAGGGCCUGAGCAGGGGCUCGCCUGACACUGACAGCUAUGAGAGGGCGCUCCUGCCUUAGUCCUGGCCAGCCUGCCCCCAGGAUGCCCGGCAGCCCCCCACCCAGGAGACCUAGCUGCUACCUUCCAGCCACAACUUCGGGGGGUGCACACCUCUCGGUGUCUUUGAGGUUCCCAGAGCCCCAUCUUGUUCGACCCCAGUGCCAGAAAAACUGGCAGGCAUAGGGGACAGGGUCCACCUUCUCUCCAGAUGUCUCCCCAGGUUGCGCAGGCCAUCCUCCCACCCCCGUCACUUCCCCCAGAACCUUGGAGAUGGGGAUGGAAUGGGAAGCCUGGGCCAGGGCUGGGCGUGUCCUCUCAGGGCUCCCUUUCUGUCCCCAGAAGACAGGCUUUGAGGUGGGACCUGCCUGGGCCAGCGAAUGGCUUGAAGCCACUCUGCGCCCUGGUGCACCCGCGCUCUGAACAUUGGCCGGGGGCAAGUGACCCGGGCUGGGAGCUGGGCCCGGGUGGAGCCCAGGUCUAAAAGCACCAGGACAGCUGUGAAUGCCCCCAGCCCCUGCCUCACCCCAGUCCCUGGACACCCUGAGUCCCCAGGCCGGCGUCCUCUGCCGAGGAGCCCGGGUAACUUAUACUGUUGUAUAGCGUCCAGAUGUCUAUAUAGUGUCUUUAAGUUAUUGUGACCUACACUGGGUACCGGAGGGGAGGCCCCAGCCAGGCUCCUCCUUCUGCUUGAAAUGGACCCUCAGGGCCAACGCCACCGAGGCCUCGCACUGGCUCUGGGCCACCAAAUGCCCAGCCGAGCCCACUGUCCCUCAAGGGCCCCCCCGGGGGUGGGGGGCAGCACGGUCCAGGCAGGCACUGGUCGCCCAUGCUUUCUGCAGGGCCGGAGGUGGCUGGGCACGGGGCACCCUGACGGCUGAGCUGCUGGCCUCCCCGGAGGGGAGCGCGUGGUCCCAAUAAAAGCUGAAAGUGA